AUGUGCCCACGGCUUUGGUCAGCACAUUGCCAACCUUACCAAGCCCAACAGGCUGAUGACACUAAAAGUAUGGGUCUUUUCUGUUCUUGUAUGACCUCGUUAACCAACUUAGCUAACCUCCUUCAGCUGUUCUACGUCGCUCAAGCAUUUUACAAGCUCACCAUCAACCUCACCAAAGCCUCAAUUCUCCUCCUCUACCUCCGUAUCUUCCCCAAACAAUGGUUUCGCAAAACAUGCCUUGUUCUUCUAGCCGUCAUUCUUCUCUACAUGGUCGGAACAACUGCCUCUUCGAUAGGGCAAUGCAACCCGAUUCCGAGAGCUUGGGAUAAGUCCAUCGCCGGCACCUGCAUCAGCAUCACGGCAAAUUGGUACGCCAACGCCGCGUUCUCGAUCACGACCGACCUGGUCAUCCUCGGGCUGCCCAUGCAUUCGAUCUACACCUCUCAUCUGCCGACAAGCCAAAAGCUGGCAUUGAUGGGUGUUUUCGCGCUUGGUCUAUUCACGACAAUAACCUCGAUUCUACGGAUGACAACGCUCAAUUUUUCGUCAACCAGCCCAGACAUCACCUUCGACAUCGACUCCUCCAUCUGGACCAUGAUCGAGCAAAACCUCGCCAUCAUCUGCGCCUGUCUUCCCGUCUGCCGGCUUCCCCUGUCAUACAUACUCCCCUCGUACUUUUCCACCUCCACCUCGCCAUCAUCUUCGUCUUCGAUGCCCGCCAUCAAGAUGAAGCCGAGGAUACACAUCGGUGGCUCGUCAAGCUCGACUCAGGAGUUCAACGGGCAUAUCUCGGAUGCCGAGGGAGGUUAUGAAAGGAGGAGAUAUGGACAAUACGGGAUUGACAAGGGGGUGAUCGAGACGUCUGUUGGGGUCGUUAUGCCGCCUGCUACACCUGUUACUGCUGGCAGGCCGGAUACGUCGGGGAGUAGGAGAACCAAGGCUGAGGAGUGGGUGCAGCAGCAGAGACGGGAACAUGAAAACUUGGGUAGACCAAGCUUUCAUGGCUCGGUUGUUUCUGCUGGGAGGAGUUGCCACAGUUCGGGCGAGGAGGGGGAUAGACAGAGCGAAGGGGCGAUUCGGAUGGUGAGGAACUAUGGUGUUUGGUCUGAUGGGAGGGAGGUAGAGCCGCAUGCACAGGUAAGAUGA